CUUACUCUGUGCGCGUGCGGCGGCGAGACGGCCACCUCGUUGCGACGCCAGGUCUCGUUUGCAGGUUUUCUCCCGUCAGCCGCGCACUCUCCCCUCCCUCGCUUUAUUUCUCUCUUUUUUUAGACAUCGGCCUUUGCCUUUGUUUACGUUAUUUCACUUCUUUCUCUUUAGCUGUCUCGUCCGAGUUUACGUUUUGGAUUCCGGUCCUGACUCCGUGACGCCAGUCAGUCGGGGAAAGCCCUCGUUAACGCGGAAGUCCUCUCAGACUGUAUAGAGGCCGGUCUUUGCACCCACACCUCAUCUCACGUUUUGCCAUUGAGCCCAUUUCAUUCUUGUUACGUUUACUUCAAUCUUCUUGCGGCUCAACGAGGGCUGACUGUUUUAGCUUUAUCGCUCGUUCUUUGUUCGCGCGAGACCUGUUCACGUAAUCACAUUAUUACCUGUUUCCAGUUGUACCUAGUCUUUGUUGGUAUUUUAGCGGUUAUCGCUGGCCGUGUUUCUCACGCUAAGGUCUAGCUCGUAGGUCGCAAUAUUGCCGUUACGCUCAUAUUCUCUAGUCGCUUUUUGUGCCGUAGAUUGUUGCUUCGGUGAUAGCUGUAGAGUUAGCUCGUAAACACGUGCUCCGUAAUACGUUAUUUUUUUUGUCGAUAUCUCGAUGAUGCUCGUAAACUUGUCGUGAACACGUGUUUCAUAGUACGUUAUUUUCUUGUCGAUCUCCGACUUUGUGUCGGAUACGUGGGCAGGCAGAGCUUCUAUCGUGUAUGUCCUCGGCACUUGCUUAUUUCCUGACUCCAGUGCCGUGAACGGACAUUUUAAUGAAGCGCGGUGACUAUCUACUUUCGGCUUCUCAAUGUCUUAGGGACGAGAAUCGUCCCAGCGAGUAACAUUGCCGCGUACUUGUGCGUGAGUUUCGCGUGACUCGGAAGAGAGAGACGGGUCAACGUCGCGUCCGUGAGUGUGUGCGUGUCGUUGUGAACAAAGCGACAAGGAACGGACAUCCGAGCCCCAGCGAUGCUGAUGCUUCGGCCCCAGCCCCAUCCGGCCGCCGACAUGGGCUACCACCAUCACCAGGCCGCCGCUGCCGCUGCGGCUGCGGCUGCCGUGGACGCGGCGGGCCCCUACGGCCAUUCGUGGACGGUGCCGAGCUGUAUCCUCGAGAUGCGCAAGGAAAAGAGCCGGGACGCAGCCAGGUCACGGCGGGGCAAGGAGAACUACGAGUUUUACGAGCUGGCCAAGAUGCUGCCGCUACCGGCGGCCAUCACCAGCCAGCUCGACAAGGCCUCCAUCAUCCGCCUCACCAUUUCCUACCUGAAGCUCAGAGACUUUUCCCAGCACGGACACCGGCCCUGGCUCAGGGACAUGCAGCCCUCAAAGGCACUCAAAGGAGCUUCACUACGGGGACGAUCCAUAAACAACUUCGCAGUGGACAUUUUCGAGCAGCACCAAGGCACACACAUUCUACAGUCACUAGAUGGUUUUACCUUUGCGCUGGGAGCAGAUGGCCGCUUUUUGUACAUUUCGGAAACUGUGUCCAUCUACCUUGGGCUGUCUCAGGUGGAGAUGACGGGCAGCAGCGUGUUCGACUACGUGCACCACCAGGACCAUGCCGAGCUGGCCGAGCAGCUGGGCAUCAACCUGUCGCAGUCGGUGUCCUCGCCGUCGGGCGGCUCGGGUGGUUCGGACGACGGCUCGUCGACGCCAAACUCGCUGGACAGGCCAGCCCCCGUGAUGACUCUCAGUAGCAGCGCAGCCUACAAGGGUCUUGAAAGGUCCUUCUGCGUACGCAUGAAGUCUACUCUUACGAAGCGAGGCUGCCACUUCAAGUCUUCCGGAUACAGGGUGGUUUUGGUCCUGUGCCACCUGCGGCCCCAGUACUCGUUCUCGCCCGGCCGCUCCAAGCAGCCGCCGCAGAUCCUGGGCAUGGUGGCGAUGGCGAUCGCGCUGCCGCCGCCCUCGGUCAACGAGGUGCGCCUCGAAUGCGACAUGUUCGUCACGCGGCUGGGCUUCGACUUCCGCAUCGCCCACUGCGAGCCCCGCGUCGCCGACCUGCUCGACUACAGCCCCGAGGACCUGGCCGGCCGGAACCUGUACGCCCUAGUGCACGGGCAGGACGUGCAGAAACUGAGAAAGUGUCACGUGGACCUGAUGAACAAGGGCCAAGUGAUGAGCGGCUAUUACCGGAUCAUGAACAAGAACGGCGGCUUCACCUGGAUGCAGACCUGUGCCACAGUCAUCUGCAACAACAAGAACUCCGAGGAGCAGAGCAUCAUCUGCGUAAACUACGUCCUCAGUGGCGUGGAGUAUGAGCACUGCGUGAUGGACUGCAGCCAGAUGCGCGGCUUGGGCGACAUCAAGCCCGACGAUCCGAGCAAUUCCGAGAGGGGAUCCACGCCGGACAACGAACCACGAGAGGAACGGUCGCCGGGCCGUGCUGCCGAGCCUUCUCCAAAGGGCCACGAGGCGCCGCCAUCGUCCACCCCCGCUCUGGGAGGGAGUCAGGAUGUUCCCUCUGCCGCCGAGCAGCAGCAGCAGCACUUGACGCAGCUGGGCGCUGUGGGGAAGCUCGACUCACUCAGGAAUGCCAAGAUUCGGGGAACGAGGCGGUCCGAUUCGAACUACGUACAAAUGGCCUGCCACGCGUACGUGGAUGCCUACCAGGAGGGAGCCGAACAUCCGUCGGCGUCAGCUAGUCCAGCGCGCUACGAGGCCGCACCGGCCAGCAACACCAAGAGUUCGCGCAAGAGGAGCUCGGACGAAGCGGCUGGCGGAAGCCGCGCCAGCCCCAAGUGCUCGCGACCGGGUAGCCGCGCGUCGAGCCUACAGCCGCCAAGCCCGGCCCGGAGCCUCCCACCGCCGGACGGCUACGGGCGCGCCUCCGAACCGCCGCUGGUGGUCGUCGACGACCCGGCGUCGUCCUCGUCCGCCGGCGCCGUCUCUUCCCAGGGCGGCCCGACGUCGGGAAACGGCGACGACUCCUGCGACGGCCCCGACGGUCUGUCGCGGCCCUGGAAGGCGGGGGGAGGAAGCGGCCAGGUUUCCACCGGCGAAGGGCUCACCGUGCGCGAGCUGGAGGACGCCAUGAAGAAGCACCUGCCCGAGGUGCGCUCCGCGCGCUCGGCGGCCAUCCAGUGGAUCGGGGCACCCCACCAGUCCGGCGUUGUCGCCGCCGGUUCCGGGGCGUCGCCGCACGCCGCCGGCGGACCCUUGCCAGCGUCGACGCUGCUACGGCAGCUGUACGUCAACCGCGAGUCGGUCAUACGGUCCGGGUCGCACGUGUCCGCCGCCUCCUCGCGGCCGACGUACUACGGAGACGUGCCGACGCCCCCCGAGGGACCAUGGACGACGCCCGACGCGUUUGUCCUGCCCCCGUACGCCGGCUACGUCGAGCCGCCGCCCCCGUUUUCGGCCGUCACGCCGCCGUCGUCGGUGUCGCCUCGCGACAACAAGCUGGGACUCGCCGAGAGCCCGGCCUUCUCUGAGGCGGCGGCCGUGGCCGCGGCGGCGGCGAUGCCGCACAUGCGCCACUACGUGUCCGCGGCCGAGUUGCCUCUCAAGCCGCAGGUGCUCGUCCACCCUGGAAGCCUGGACUACGCGACACCCCAGGAGCAGCAGCUCUACGCGGGCGGAUUCCACCUGUACGGCAAGCCCAACGGUGCCUGGUACUCGCAGCAGCCGAACACGUAGCGCGACCUCUCGGCAAUCCUGUGAACCCGUUUCGUCGCCCGCUUGUUCUCUGGCUGUUUCCGUGCGCGUGCCGGUGUGUAAAUGUGUGACUUUUGAUGAGACUGUUGCGGCGCCCUCUGCGAACACUUUGGACACAACAAAAGACCAACGGGCGUACGCCGAUUCGCGUCGGCGGAGGGCGGCCCUAGCUUUACUUUGCGCGAGUACGUCCCGGUGGCUCGGUAUAAUUACAAAGAGUUGUCUGUUGCAACUUCUUUACGUGAGCGCGAUGGUCCGCGUUCGCGAAGAUGAAAACGAAACAAACAAAAAAAAAAGAUUGUGCAAAUAUCCCAGUGACACGGCUUUCCUUGCUUUGGUUUUUUUUUUUUUUUUUUUUUUUCAUGGUGAGCCCCGUAUUGUAGUAUUUGUUGUUGCCGUUGGUCUCAACUCCCCUUUGUACCCAGCGUUUUCAAACACUACUUUGUCAACACCCGAUAGAGUGGUGAGUCUAUUCCAUUUUCCUUCAAAUACCUUCGGUGUACAUAUAUAUGUCCUCCUUGUACGAAAACCCGAAAGCUCAGUCGGCGUUAAUGCCACAAGUACAUUCCACGUUUGCGAGGACUUUUUGCUUUUCCUUUUCGUUUUUGGUAUGUUUUUGUUUGUCUUUUUUGUUCUCUCGUCAACGAAUCCUGCGAGUGUGCCUGUUUGCGUGACUGUGUACAUCGAGCUUGUGUACGUCGCCUUUUUUUAUAUUUUUCUUAUUCUUUCUUGCUCAGUGUCUUAAAUGGGCCCUGCAACACCUCCUUCCUGCGCUUUCUUACGUCAUUUCGUGGACACGAUUGCGUCAGGAUUCACAUCAGUUCGUCAUCGAAUAUGAAGGCCACCAUUGGACGUUUAUUUUGAACGAGAGUAGAGAACGCGCUCACGAAUGCAUUGGUGAAAAAAGGAAAGAAAAGAAAAUGAAAUGUUUAUGCUAUUCCUGCUUUGAAUAGAAAGAUAAUGAAAACGUCUUGCAUCUUAUUAAUCAACCAAACCAUUUUCAUCAAUUAGCCGAGGCCUUUCCAUCAGCCCAGAGGUAAUUUGAGCGCCACCACUCUAGUGCGCCCUAUCGGUGAUGUUAAAUUUUGUUAGAGAUGUUUGGCUGGAAGUUCGCUUGAGAACCGGCCAUGCGAUGCUUCUGUGUUAGGAGAAUGACCCAGCAAGAUACUCGACAUGACAGGGAAGUGUCAUGGCUGAUAACUGGUGUGCGAAGCCAUAGAAAGGAAAGGAGAGCAACAAAAAUAUCAAAAGGAAUGUUGUUGGGUAAUACGUAUUGGGUCAUCUGGGCGUCAUGGAAACAUCACUGAAAUUGGUACACUGACGAGAAAGGUCAAGGUUGUCGCUUUGAAUCUUGAUCAGUCAUUUAAUGCGUACCAGGGAUGGCCUAAGCUUCGGGACAGCAUAUUAGCACGAACGAGGUGGGGACAAAUUUCUACCAAACCUGAUGCAGACUUCCUUGAGAGAUAACAGUUCUAUCAGAAUAAGCGAAUGGGUAUGCGUAAGAAAUUUUAAGUGUUAAGCACAUGGGUGUACGGAAAUGGCCGAGCGUCUCGAUAAGGCGUGCACCCAGGUUUAAGGACACGAAAGAGACGCUAAAUCAAAAUUAGACCAGUAAGACGGUGUUUAACAACUCUUAUAUUCGCAAUUUUUCUCGGUAAAAGGUUUGGUUAUUAGCGAAAAUGACAAAUUUGUCAUUUAAAUAUCGUGCCCUAGCUGCGGCGCCGAUGACGCCACUCUGACAUCAGUGAUUUCACUUGCUUUUCAUUCUGUGUCUGCAUUGCUUGCUUUGUGCAGAAAAAAAAAAGGAAAAACAUUAGCAGUAAAAAUGAAUGCCAUAUUACACUUUUAUCAUAUAUCCCACUAAAACCGUAGCACCUGUGACAUCACUGUGGCGUCAUGUAUUUCGCCGUGUUUUCUCGUGUCUGGACUCUCGUGUGGUGCAUGAACCCCCCCCCCCCCCCCCUCCCCCCCGCAAAUGUUGCCACACAGUCUUUGCUUACGUACAAGUUCAGUGAAAUUGGUGACCACUUAACCAGUGGCCAACGUAUCUGUGACAUCACAGGCAAUAACUUGUGCAGUGGCGUCGCCACCUUUCUCUUGCUCGUGCGUCCUGUUUUGGCUACUAGGGCCCUGCUAACAUUAGCACUGACGUAACCGUACUUCCAGAAGUGUAGCCUAUAAAUUAUUUUGUUAAACCUGAAGUGUCCCUUGUUGGACUAGCUGUAAGCUUCGAAUCACUUGAACAGGUGAGAGGGAAAGCGGCACGCUCUGCAAGAAGCGACUGCUCCGGCAUCUUUUCCUCAACCUCAACUACUACUACUCCGGCGGAAGGUGUUUGCAGGACCCGUUUAAGGCGUGCGUGAGUGCGUGUGGGUUUAUUGUGUUGUGUACCGGUGCAUCCUCCCCAUGGCUAAUGCCCUCGCCCGUGCUACAGCCUCUCUACCCUCCUUUCCACUUGCGUCCCCUUUCCACCACGAGGCUGUGUGCGUAGCAGGUGUGCGUGGGCGACAGCCAUGUUGGCGAAUUGUGAUACAAAAUUUAUAUAGAUAUAAGAUAUCUAUAUAUUAUAUAUACACUUAAUAUAGCAUAGAAAGACCCUUAUAGGAGACGAGGCAGCGUACGCGGGGCAGUGAACGCUGUAUGUUUUCGUUUUCUUUUUCUCUUUGUUCUCCUCAUUCUUGUCCUCCAUUUCCCUCUCACUCUUUUUACACCCACCGCUUCAGUUGCUAUCUUGAGCUCAGAGCUGAGGUCGACGGGACAGCGGGUUCUAAUUCUAUCUAAUUUCUUUGGGAGUGUCUGAAUACUGAAAUUUUCCAAAGUGAAUAUCGUAAAAGCUUGUGCCUAGAUUGUCGAAUUGAACAACGAAUAUUGUCCUGCUUCUAAGAAAAAAAGAACACAGACACUCAAGGUGGCUCAAAAUUGAUUAUUUCCUCCAUUACGCUCUAUGCUAUUCGGAAGUUCGUUCUUCUAGGAAGCUGUUAAUGUGCAAAGAAAAUGCGAAUGGUCACCACAGAUUCUGGUUGUGUUACAACGGGUGCGCUGACCUACAAUCAUUGUCUAUUUUCUUAACAGGCAAUGUAGAUUAAAUGCAGCGACCCCGUCCAAUCGGCAAACGAUCGCACAUUCGAAAUCAAAUGCUUUCAGCGUCGUUUUUGCACACUUCAGAAUGUACAGAAGGGGAUAGUUGAAGAAAAAUAAAUAUUGAAGUUUGCGUAUUUGAAAAUCAAUGCUGUCACGUUCGAUAUGGCAUAUUCGGAAAUAUUCAUAUUCGAAUAUCCACAGAAACCAUACAUUGAAUGUAGAAUAUUCGAAAAUCGCUAAUGUCAUAGUUAAUAUCGCAUAUUUUAUUAUUUGAUAUUAUUAAUGUUUUGGUGAUCGAAUAAUUGAAUGUUCGUAGAAAUCGAAUAUCAAGGGCUUGAAAAAAAAACUUCGAUUCAAAACGGAAGUACGUGAUAAGUAUUAAAAAAUUUCGAAUAAUCCUACAACCCUGUAUUUUGUACUUCUUUUUCCACUCACCGUCGUCGCUUUCAGCUCUGAGCAGGGCAGUCACGAUGUGAAGGCUCAUAAAUGCGAUUCCCAAGGUCUACAGUUUAGGUCGACACUACGCUCAUUUUUUUUUUCUUUCUUCUCUCAGUUUUGUUUGUCUACCCGAAACCAAACUCGAUACCGGCUGAGUCGGCUGCGCUCACACUACGGUCGUGACUGACAGGACUUCUUUAACGUGCGACGUCAGAGUGCGUUAAAGUCAUGACGUCGGCUGACGUCUCGCGCAUUUUCCAAAGAACCUGUAAAGAAAAGUGUAGUUCGGCUAAGGUAAUGACGUGGCUCGUUUUGGUCGCAGGUUUGAUUCCCGACUAAGCGGCCAUGUUCUGACGUAGAACGCUCAUGUACGGAGACCUCCGUGACCGAAAUUAUUUCAGAGCAUUCCACUAAAUCUUCUCUCAUAGCACAGGUAUUGCUUUGUCAGAAACAAACAGAAAAAAAAAUCACUCAUUACCCUUAUCUCAGGCUCAUAUGAGCGUAAAAUUACUUGUUGAACUUGGCAUAGUUAGCCAUUCGAAAAAAGGGACAUAAAAACGCAAAUGAAAGAUAAGGAUUAUACGAAUCCGGUGGCAAGCUUUUCGAAACAUCGCUGCAAGUCUAUUCGCAUUCGUGUCCUAUAGUUAAGAGCACGAUAUAGAUCGCGGAAGGAAGCACAAGGACGGAAUGCUGGCUGAAUUCGUGGUUCCUUUUGUGUCACGCUGUUCAAUUCUGCUCUUUGCCAGAGUGCACCGAGCAGCUCAACUGAGCACGUAUGUGUUUGAUGUUAGGUCAAUGCAAAAUGUUUCGCUCGCCACUCACGACCGUAGUCUGAACGAUGCAUAAUGCGGCAGCCACUUCGCGUUGAGUCACACGCAUCGCUGGUCUCAGCUUCGACGGGAACGUCUCGCUUUUCAUCGAGCUGUGCAGCAGCACGUUCUCGGCGUGUCUCUCACCGCUGCCAUGAUCGCAGGAACAUCGUACGUCGGUUGAGUGUCCAUAGGACACGCCUGUGGACGUGAAAUCAAAAUUCAAAACGCACUUUUAAUAUUGAGCGAAGUUGUAAAACAGACCGAAGCGACAAGCAAAUAAAAACUUCAUUGAAACCUGUAA